AUGGCGCCGUCUUCCGGAGGGGGGCGAGUUCUGGCUUGGGGCUAUGUGGGCUGCCUGAUGUUGUUGAAGAGUACCCUGUCAUGUCUGUGCCUCGGGCCACUGCCGUGUUGUCCUGACGCCACGCCUCCGGAGUCUCCGCUGGCCUCUAUGGGGCGCACUCGCAGGAGGGAGCUCACUCGCCUACUCAACCUGGCCUGGAACACCCACGUGCAGCCAGAACGCGAGUGGAACUGCAUCGACAUCAGCCGCGUUGGGUCCAGGGAUGCAACCAGAGCUGGCAAGUGGCGCGGCUCAUCUCCCACGUGUGUGGUUUAUUGGGCAUUCGAGUGGGCGAAGCUGCCCAUCCUGGCCCAGGGACUCCUGGCUCGGCCAAUGGAUGGACCUACGCCCUCGGACGACAUGGUUGUGGAGGCCUCGGGCGUGCGACAAAGACUGUUCUGCCCUGUCAUAGGUUGCCCGUGUUCUGAUCCCACUCGGACAGCUGGCUGGACCAGCAAGGAAACCAUCCGGUCACACAUUGACGCUCACCUGGGUGGUGCUCUGGCAGGGGAGGUCCCAGCAGAAUGGCUGCAGGCCCACAACCGCCAACGCUGCAGUGUCUGCGGGCUCAGUGUCUCUACUCGCCACGGUGUGCACCCGACUUGCAGGCCUGCCGCGCGUGAGGCUUCAGGGCCUGCCGCUGGUUCUGCCGGAGCUGCGCCAGCGGGCAUCUGGAGCGGCCCGUCCUUUGCUGACCUCUUGGCCUCGCGCACCACCACCCUGCGCCACGUUCCUGCCGCUGCAAGGCAUGCUUGGAGCCAGGCUUUGUCGCGUGCUUUGGCCGCAGUGGCGCACAGCAACACCGAGCAUGCCUGGCGCCAGCUGUUUCUGCUUCCACAGUGCGUCCUGUGCCCCCCACCACGGGGUGGCCGCAAACACCGCAAAGCAGCAGGCGCUUACACCCGUGAUCGUGCCCAGCGCUGGUUGGAAGGCGAGCGUCAGUUUCUCUGGGAGUCCCGCCACAUGCCAGCCCGGCGUGGUGGCAGGGCCGCGCCCAGCGAUGAGGAACGGCGACGCCUUGCGACUGCUCUGACGCGGGAAGGAUGUGAUGGCAAGGCUUGCGCGGCUCUUCUGUCCAAGGGGCUUAGCCCGGAAACUGCUGCCACAGCUGAGGAGCUUCGCAUGCUUCACCCUUCUCAUCCUGCUCCGCGGGCUAGGUCGGAACGGGACUUACCUGCAUCCCUGGACAUUGAUGCUGAUGCGGUGGCUAGGGCGCUGCGUGCCUUUCCUGCCGGCACUGCCCCCGGACCGUCGGGUCUGCGAGCCCAGCACCUCUUGGACGCUUCUGCCCCUGGCGUUGUCCAUGAUGGAUUUCUGCGCCACCUCACGGAUGUGGUCAACCUCCUUGCGCAGGGAGCAGCGUGCAACAGCGUUGCCCCCUACCUUGCUGGUGCUGCCUUGGUCGCAGUUCCGAAGCCGAAGGGGGGUGUCCGACCCAUUGCCAUCGGGGAAGUCCUGCGGCGGUUAACAGGCAAGUGCCUUGCUGAAAGCGUGCGAGAGGAUGCCAAAGCAUUCUUCUGGCCUGUGCAGCUGGGCGUGGCCGUGCCCUCUGGUGUCGAGGUGGCGGUGCAUGCGGUGCGCUCAUACUGUGCUCGCCAAGCCAAGGCCACUGACCGGGUUCUGGUCAAGCUGGACUUUGAGAAUGCUUUCAAUACCAUCUCCCGUGAUGCGGUGCUGACUGCUGUCACUGAGCACUUCCCACACCUGGCUCGCUGGGUUCACUGGUGUUACAGACAGCCCUCUCACCUGCUCUUUGGUGCCUUUGGUGUGCAGUCGGCAGCGGGAGUGCAGCAGGGUGAUCCGCUUGGCCCCCUCCUUUUCGCGUGUGUGCUGCAGAGCUUGGGUCGAGAGCUUAAAGCUGGGCCACUCGACUUGGCGGUCUUCUACCUGGAUGACGGGGUGAUUGCGGGCACGCCUGCCGCAGUCGGGCAAGCGCUGCGCCAUGUUCAGCAGAGGGCCGCGGAAGUUGGCCUGCGCCUUAACCUGCGCAAGUGCGAAGCAGUGGCUGUGGGGGCUACUACAGCGGACAGCCUGACUGCGCACCUUCCCCGGGAAAUUCUUUUCGGGGCUUCGGGGGAGGGGCGGGUCGCUCGCAACUUUGAGCUUUUGGGUGCGGCAGUUGGGGACGACGACUACACCGCAGCCCACACCCACGCUCGCUGCCAGGCUGCCGUGCCGCUCCUGGAUGCCAUUUCCGGGCUGGAGGACCCCCAGGUAGGCCUCAGGUUGCUGCGUGCCUGUGCCGGCCACGCUCGCUUGGUGCAUGGCAUGCGCUGUACGCCACCAAAGGCCCAGCUGUCUGCGCUCGAGGAGUUCGACGCUCUUGUGCAGGGUUGCUUCAGCAGCCUCACUGGCUUGCGCCUUACCGCGGAGCAGGUCCGGCAAACCCAGCGCGGCCUUGCUUUGCGGUCAGCUGCACGGGAUGCGCCGGCGGCUUACCUGGCUUCUCUUGGUGGCAGUAUCUUGGCGUGUGCUGACUUGGACCCCUCUUUCGAGGUUGCCGCGGUGCCACAGCCGUCCGCUGAACACGCCUUGCAGCUCCCAGAUGGCUGA